GUCGAGAGCGGAUCGAGCCUUGUCUUGUUAUUCCCACGCGCAUCGUCCUCGCAUUUUUCUCACACGAUAUACGAUCUCGCGCGCGCGCGCGCACACACACACACACACACUACGGGGCGAGCGUCGUUUCUCCCUCUCCGGCUGUCGAUCCGUGUAUAUAGGAUACGUUUGAAUGUAGGACUCGUGAAAUCGCACGCAACGCACACACAUAAUUACACAUGCGCGCAGGUACAUGUGUAAAACUCGCGAACUUGUAAAUCUUACAGAAUGUAUACGGACGCGCAUCAUCCACAAGGGUGCAUUUGAAUUCGUCAAGUUUUCACUGGAAUCGUACACUCGCGCCCUCUCUCCGUUGUGAUGCCUCGUGAUGGAUUAUUCAUUUACCUCAAACUACACCGAUAAUUCGUGUGCUCUCGGCCCGAGUCGACGGAUGGAAUAUCGCGCUAGAGGCACACCGAUGCUCACACGUCCGGGACUCGUGGCCCACUCUAUGAGUUCGGGAUACUUUUAGUCUCGCUGAAAUUAUAUCGUCGGUGCGAGACACUACGCGCGACGACUCGUAGACGGUUUGUGCGUUCGGAUUUACCGCUGCUCCAUCUCUUCUUCUCUUUUUUGUCGUCGUUGGUUUUUCCUGCGCGCUUAUUCGACACUCGCAGAUCGAAAAAGUUAGUGAGAAAGAUUCGAGACCGGGUUUUGUGCUGGUGAAUGAAAUAACUGCGGUCGGCGUGCUGCCAGUUGAGCCUUCCAGUUGUGCUAGUUUUUUUGUUUAUCCCUUUAAUUCACCUCCUCUCGAACGUGAUACGUGAAUACCGAGUUCAACCGAGAAUGUGAAGCGUACGCGAUACUCCGCGCGUUAAGAAUCUUAUACAUAUCCUCACUUAUGUAUAUCGCACCGUGUCCUCGGCUCACGGGCUUGGAGGAUUUUCCGUGGCAAGCAUUACUGGAUUAUUCGAUCUAUCGGGCUUGCCCACUCGAAAGUGUUUAAACGUCCACCGGAUACCUGCCGACUGGGGCUAAAAUCCGAGCAGUUUUAUACCCAUGUGUGCGAGUGGUGCGACGAAGUAUUUUACUUUCAGGUGUGCGUGCGUGCCUUCUUAUGCUCACGGCUAUACACCGAUGCGAGCGAUCUCGGCUCGUCCGAGUUUAUUCACUCGCCAACGGCUUUUCUAACUACAACUGUGGUGAAUCGUGAUUUUUUUCCUUUUUUCUCGCCCGCCCUCCCCGCUCCCUCCGCACCCGUUAACGACGACUUUUCGAUCUAAUCGAGCGUCGAUUUCGCGAACGAGUUCGAAUGACCUACCAAAUAACGACGUCGCACGACCCUCUGAAACGUCUUCAUCGCCCUCGUAAAUGUGCACCGACUACUACUACUACUACCGAUUGUGGAUAAUACGUGAUCGUGCGCUUGAUAAAUAUAUCUCCAAAUAUCAUUGUGAUAAUUUUCUUGUGAUCAGUGUGACGCUGCUGGAUUAUAUAUCGUUCGGGCUCUGCGAUAUGUGCCUGCAUUUUACCGUCGGAUCCGUACUGCCUGCGUAGUUGGAGUCCAAGGCCUCACCAUGGAGUGCGGCAAGGGUCGACGGAAAAGCCUCCUCGGUGGCUUGAUCCUUGCGUGGCUGUUCAUGAAUACGUGCAUCGUGGCGGCGAGAAACAUGGAACGUUACGACACAGCGUACGAGUGCGAGGGAAAGACAUUGCGGAUAGAAUGUGGCGAGGGAGAACUCAUACAUCUCAUACGUGCGAAUUACGGAAGAUUUUCGAUAACGAUAUGCAACGAGCAUGGCAAUACUGACUGGAGUGUCAAUUGUAUGUCACCCAAGUCGUUCCGGGUUCUCUACAACGUAUGCAAUCAGCAACAGAAUUGCAGUAUCGUUGCGUCAACAUUGCAAUUUGGGGAUCCCUGCCCGAGCACUCUGAAGUACCUCGAGGCUCACUAUCAAUGUUUAUCCGCUGCAACAACAACGACGACAUCAAGACCAAGUCCUCCAUGGUUGAUUACUUCGCAACCAAGCGUUUGGAGCACCGGCAGCCCCACUGUCAGACCUGUAGCGAGGUUGACAACCCCGCCAACUGCGAAACAACCUCCGGCUAUUUCCACCCUUUUACCGCCGAUACCAGCCUCUGAAACAAGCCCGACCUCGACACCAUCUGGUCUCGACAGCGAACUCGUCGACGAAGAACAAAGUAUUUAUCCUCCGAGCGAACGAGGCCCACCGUCACUUCUUGGCGUACCGGACACCACUCAAACUCCAGUUACCACGACGUUUGUUCCAUGGAAAACAAGUCGAAGACCCACAGGUUCCACAACGCAGAGUCCUGACACGAGUUCAGGCAAUGGCCAAUGGAACGAAUACAGUAAGCAAAUAUGCCCCCACGUAGCAGCUCGUAACCUUUACUGGAACGCAACGAGGGCGGGUGACGUUGCUGUGCAAAGUUGUCCGGGAGGUGCGAACGGUUUGGCGCGAUGGAGAUGCGUAAUCAGCGAAGAAGUAGCAAAAUGGCAUCGGGACGCGCCUGAUCUGAGCGAGUGCCGCUCGCUCUGGUUGACCUCGCUCGAGAAUCGCGUUAUCGAGGGCGAUAUGAUCCUCGGUAUAAGCAGCGAUUUGUCACAAGUUACGAACAACAGUCGCGUACUGUACGGCGGUGAUAUGAUGAUUACAACUAAAAUCAUAAAAAACAUGGCGGAGAAAAUGGCACAAGACAUAAGGACUUACCAAGACGCGAGGCAGCGUGAAGUUAGCGUCACGGAACUUCUUCAAGGUGUCGUUAGAACGGGAAGCAAUUUGUUGGACAAGGCACAAAUGGCUUCGUGGAACGAUUUGAGUCAUCAGGAACAAAUGCGAGUCGCCACCUCCCUCCUCAUCGGCCUCGAGGAAAACGCUUUUUUACUUGCUGACACGCUGAUGCACGAAAAAACAAUCGUUCAGGAGGGCAAAAAUAUACUCAUGGAAGUUCGAGUCCUCGAAACCCGCAAGAUCGACAGGAGCGUGGAAAUUUUUCCAAUCGACUUGCUCCAACAACGAUGGACCGCCUCGAACGACUACGUCGAACUGACGAGACGUUCCUUACUCGAAAACAGCGACGACGGGAUCGUACGCCUCGUAUUCAUGGCGUUCGAUCGCCUCGAAGAAAUCCUCCAACCCCAAGACGAGGAACCAUCGGUCGUACUAAAUGACGAAAUACAACCGAGAAUAAAAAAGAACACUAGUCGAAUACUCAACAGCAAAGUUAUUUCAGCCUCUUUGGGAAAAGGGCGACACAUCCAGUUAUCAGAACCCGUGAGAGUAUAUUUUCAACACCUCACUGCUGAUAAUGUUACUAAUCCUAGAUGCGUUUUCUGGGACUACAUCAUGAGUGCCUGGUCGGAAGAGGGUUGUCACAUAAGCAAAACAAACGACACGCACACCAUUUGCGAAUGUAAUCAUCUCACGAAUUUCGCUGUGCUGAUGGACGUGCACGCCAUCAAACUCGACGUGGCACAUCGCGUUGCGCUACAAAUCAUCACGUAUAUCGGCUGCAUCAUCUCCGUUGUCUGUCUGGUUCUCGCGAUCCUGACGUUCCAACUCUUCCGAGGUCUUAAGUCCGACAGAACAACGAUUCAUAAAAAUCUGUGCGUGUGCUUGCUCAUCGCUGAGGUUCUCUUCGUAUGCGGCAUUGCACAGACCAAUCAGAGAAUCGUUUGUGGAAUAAUAGCCGGGCUUCUACAUUUCUUUUUUCUGUGCGCCUUUGCAUGGAUGUUCCUCGAAGGUUUUCAACUGUACGUCAUGCUGAUUGAAGUUUUCGAAGCUGAAAAGUCCCGUCUGCGAUGGUAUUAUCUGGUUGCUUAUGGUGGUCCGUUACUCGUGGUUGCUAUUUCAUGUAUAAUCGAUCCACUGAGCUACGGCACCGAUCAAUACUGUUGGCUACGAGCUGACAACUACUUUAUCUUCAGUUUCGUGGGACCCGUUAUACUCGUUAUUUUGGCUAAUCUGGUGUUCCUGUCAAUGGCAAUAUACAUGAUGUGUCGUCACACGAAUACAACGGUGUCGAUGAAGAGCAAGGAACACUCGAGACUGGCCAGUGCAAACGAGGACAUAAUCAACGCUGAUGGAAAGGAAGAAAAUGCUCUUCCCAACAAAUUGCAAGCGCACUUAGCCUGGCUGCGCGGAGCAAUUGUACUGGUGUUCCUGCUCGGACUCACGUGGACGUUCGGACUUCUCUACCUGAAUCAAGAAUCCGUCGCGAUGGCUUAUAUCUUCACCAUAUUGAAUAGCCUCCAAGGACUAUUUAUAUUUGUAUUUCAUUGCGUACAGAACGAAAAGGUUAGAAAAGAGUAUCGUAAAUUCAUACGGCGACAUUCGUGGCUGCCAAAGUGUUUGAGGUGUUCGAAAACAGUGGCUGGAAGCUCCGGAGGUUCGUCCGGUACUAGCGGAGCUGGUGCUGGCACCAACGGUGGCAAGGAUUUCACCUCGCACAACACCUCGUCGAAUCCAUCAGCACCGACGACCGACAGCUCUGGGCUAUCGCCUCACACGACCACCAAUGUGGUUGGUUCACAGUACUUGGUGUCCGGGCGAGGUUGGCCAAGCACGGAGAGACAGUCAGCACCCAAUGAAUCCUGCACAACGUUGUCAGAUGCUCACGCAGUGGCGACACUGCCGCACGCCCGACACGCAUACUUCCCAUCAGCUUCUAAUAUCCCUAAAUCUGCAACUGCCACUUGGGGACCUAUUAACAAAAACCUCAUGUGGAAGAACAUUUCUUUUAAGUCUUACUCCCGGGAUUCCGGGCACGGUGGUUCGGAGCAGGAGGAAUCACCACGUACGCACAAUGCAUUGACACUGGGGCAUGCAGUGAGGACGCGGGAACGUCGAGUUUUGGGCGAUGGUACUGAAAUGGGUAACGGUCGUUCGACGAGUCGGCGAGCAGCAUCGCCGUACAAUCAUACUUACACGGAGAUAAGGGACGGUAGUGUACGAGGCGGAAUUUAUCAACAGGGUCAAGUGACAUAUCACCAGAACCAUGAGAACAAUCACGGGCACGGUUCCCGGAUCAUCGGGGUCGACGACGAUCCGGUUUACGAGGAAAUCGAGCGUGGGGGCGAGAUGCAAGUUUCGGAUUUGUCGGACGAGGACGGUAGACGUCAGAGCGACAUGAGUAGACAAUCGUCGCGAAGUUACGGGGAUCACCGACCCUUGAUACCGUAUUCACCGGCGAACGAUCGAAACCUCAUUCAUUACGGACAGACCCUCGAGCGCAACAUACUUCAUUUUGAUCCCUCCCAGUGCAGUCCGGCUCAAGAGAGGAGCUUGAACGCGUGCUGGGAAAAAUUGCGCAGACAACCAGCCAAGUACGAAUUGGGUGAAAUCGCUGCAAGAAUGCCCGCCAAUUACGCAACGUCUCAACCGGACCACACGAGAACAGUCGCCGUUUUAGACGGCCACACAGUCGUGUGCCAUCUUCAACCUCAAACCGACAUGUACACGGGUAGAGGAAUGCCACCGCCCUCGUACAGUGAAUGUUAAAAGUCUCCGGUAGCAUUUUCCUCGCGAUAGACCGAAACCGGGACGGGGAAAGGGGAGGGGGGAGUGCUUCGCGGCCAUGUACAAGUUGAAACUAAAUAUUUCGGUUCUGGUUUGUCAAGCCUCCGGAUUUAGCUAGGACUUUCUCCCUCCCUCUCUCUCGGAGCUGAAAAAUUCAUGUUUCCAGUAACUACGAGCGUUCGUUCGCCAUUUACAUGGAAAAGGUGUGUGAAUGUUGGAGAAUAAGAGGGAGGGAGUGUGAAAUAGUGAGAAAAAGGUAUGUAAGUGUGUAAUAAGUUGAUGAUUAAGACGCUCUCGUCGACGCGUUACGUAUGAAUGAUGAUCCGGGUCAAUAAGCCCGUAUAGAUCCUCUCGAAACUAUAAGCAAACCGACUAAAAAUUCUUGCCGCAAUAAACGUCUUUUUUCUUGUAUGAAACGCUCAAUUUCGUCGAAGGUCCAAUCGCGGGAUGAAAGAUUUUUAAGUUGAUAUUAAAUUAUAAGAGAUAACGUUGUAGACUAAUAUUUUCGCGGGUCGAAAUUCGAGAGGAACUACUCAAAAUGGCGUGUUUGUUUUUUUAGUGGAAGUUGGCGCGUGUAAGCACGCGCUAGCUCGAGUGUACGGAAACGAGAAAGGAAUAAACGCAUGGACAAUUGUGCUACGAUGCGCGCGUGACUUUAAUUUAGCUAGAAUUUGUACCAUUCUCGCGUACGUGUAAAAUAAUCGUUUAUUUGAAUAACAAACGAAACGAAUUACCGCAGGAGUUUGAAAUGAAAAAACGAGUCAAAGGGAAUUCGUGUGACUGCGAAAUAACGUGAAUAAACUAAAUAAAAAUGGAUUCGUUAACGAAACAAUAUCAAGUGGAUUUAGGAAUGAAUGCGCGCACUGAACCCUCGUCGAAUCGCAUUAUCGUAUAUCAAAUUAUUCUACGUCGUCUAAAGAGGAUCGAAUACUCUCAAAUAUUCAUAAGAAAUCAUUCGCGCCCCCAAAAUAUCCUCUUGACACUUGUGUACUAAACGCGAAAUACCCAAACGCCCAACGCUCUCCAGUUGGCUCAACUAAUUUAUUUUACAAUUACGAUUAAAUAGAAAGAGAAAUCGUGCACUGACCCUCGAAAAACGCAAAUUAACGUUACGAUUAACCCUACUCUGUUGUGGCCAAGACAACUUUUCUCUUCACAACUCCGCUCCGAAUCCUUGAAUGCGUCCUUGAAAAUCUCUGCUCUUUAAAACACCGUUUCUCUACACGUACUUUCUCAUGUUUGGUCCCGCAUCGAACUAAUGAAAAUUGUACGAAAUUUUCAAUUCUCCUAAAUUUUUUUUUAAUUAUUCGCGAUUGCGUGAAUUUGUACGAAAAUAUGCAUACAAAAUCAUUUUGAAAAAAGGGAAAAUUGUUAUUCGCACAGAAUCCAAUGAAAAAUGUCAAAACUUUAGACACCUUCGUACGAGCAGGCGAAGGGCUGAUGGCAAACUUCUGAAAUGACGUGUUGGGAAGUAGAAACGUAUUUCUGAGCAGUGAUUUUAGGAGCAGGACUCUUAUGGAAUGGAUCUGUUGAAAGAAACGUUGUUUCACCCUGUUGUGUCGAAAAAUUAAGAGAAAAAAAACAGUUUUGAUAAGUAACUGACAAUGCGAUACUCAAAUGCUCAGUUCCCUCAUGAUUAUGUGACGAGUUUCAAUUAUUUUUUAAUCUCCAAAUAACAAAAAUGAAUUUUGUAUUUAUCUCACGUUUCUCAUUCUUCGACCCAAUGCUCAGUGGUAUACUUCAACGUGAUAUUCUUCACGAAGACUCCAAGAUUUUACUCAAAUUCGAAAUUUUUAUUGUUAAUAACAAUAAGAUUGUCCGUGUGACGAAUGAGACGUCACUUCGAAUAAAUUUCUUCAGUUCGAAUGACUGGAUCUUCCCCACUUUGGCCUCGAACGAUUCAUUCAAAGAUUUAUGAAAGAAGCACACACAGUGGAGUAAACGAAAGCUUGCCAGGGAAGAAAUGGCCAAUUUUUCGUUGUACGAUGGAAUGAACGGAAACCCAUUAGAAAGCACAAAACCAGUAAACAUAUCGACACCACCUCUGUGGUAUUUAACGAAUAAACACGCUUAAUCACGUGGAAUUGAGUGUCAUUUCGGCACAAUGUCGUAUGUACGAUUUCUGAAUGCCACUGUUUGUACCAUUUUCUUUCCUUUUAUAUCUACGAAGGAUGGAUGGUUUUGGUAUCACGGUUACGUACAACUUCAUCGUCGCUCUUCUGAUCGGUGCAACUCCCCCUGACCGCAAACUUGCCUAUGCUUACUUGCCGAACGUUUUUUCAUCUUCGAAAUAUUAUUUUUUUUAUAAACAACAAUGAAACUUGUGUGUAAACCUUCGUGCGUGCGUUCUCCUUUAUCAAUGUUUCUCCGUACUUUUCAAAAGCAAACACCCACUUUAGUCAUUAUUCCAUAUUAUCACUCAUUAUUACUAUUAUUCACGUUGUUGGAAUUGGAAGUUUUUUUCUCUCGCUUAGACCCAAUUUGUUUAGGGGCUUGCUUCAACGAACGUGCCAAAAAGAAAAUUAUACGUUCAGCCAUGUACUUUCACAAACGAAACACAAACGAUUAGUUUCCUCGUGAAUUAUUUAUGAACUUGAGCCUGCACAGCUUCACUCAAUACUCAUCGUGGCAGUUUUUACUUUUCGCACUUGUCAUUUCAGUUCUGUUAAUUCUGGCAACCAUUCUAAAUCAUGUUCAUAUGGAUCAUCUCACGGUUCUUCAUAUUCGGUGAAAUUGAUUUUACACAAGAGUCAAUGAUUUGGUCAUUGAGACGAUUAUCGUGAGAAUUUCAUCUCCCAUGAAGUUUGAAAAUUAUUUAUUCAAAACUUGAAUAAUUUCCUAUCGAAUUUGGCACAAUUUCAUGUUUUUUUGAGUAUUCGAAAUCCGAUCGCACAACAGUGGCCACAAUCGUUUCAUUUCACUGCCAUGUGCGUCUCCCCUCGACGCCUCUUCGAUCGUAACAACCUCCGAUAAGCAAAAAAACGCUUCGAAAAUUGUAUUUUCUCAAUUUUUUGUUAGUCAUUUGAGAUCGUAGAAUUCCCAUUGCAUCACGACUACCUUGAACGUUCGUACCGUCCAUAUACGAAGCGCCAUCCUAAUGGAGACUUAUUAUUAGCGUAGAACAAAAAUUGUAAAGAAAAAAAAUCACGUAUAAUUUUAAAAAAAAUGAAAAAGACGUUGAAGAAGAAUUUGUAGAGCGCGGAUGGGGGGUGAAUGCGUGCAAAUGUUGCGGGGCGCACGCGUGUCAAUGUGUGUGUACGCGUGUGUACGAAUGCGUUGGAAGUGCGAGCGCGAGACUGAUACGCAUGGUGAAUAAUAAAUCAAUGAGACAUUCCGCAAUUUGUUCGAAAUAAAAAAAAAAAACAAAAAAAAGAAACUCCAAAAAAGAAUGGAAUUCAAAUCCGUAGUUGAUAAUGUAUAUGGAAAUUAUGAAUUAAGAUACGAUAAACGAUUCGCGGACGAGAAGAAUGAAAAAAAAAAAAAAACAAAUCGUAUAAAAGAUCGCAAAAGCAUUAUUUCUAUGAUAAAGGGGGGUCAGAAUUGGACGUUAAAAGCGUUUGCGUUAUCACGAUUAAUCGUUAUGCUUGGAGCCCCUCUCUCCCCCCCCCCCCCCUUUCCUCUUAUUAUAUUAUCUUCGAGAAUAACUUAUUUCGAAACGAACAAAAAGACGAGAAAGAAAGAAAAACAAUUGUAAAUAAUGUAAAUAUGGCUUUGUACAUGUUGAAUACUUAUAAUGUAAAUGGAAAACGACAAUUAAGAGCGUAGAUAUUAAAUGUGCGAUACUAAUACACGAUAAAAACAAAUUUUUUUUUUGUUUUUUCUGUCUCUUUAGUUUAGUAGAGAAAAAAUCGAUCAAGUAUCGUUGUGAAAGUAGCUAAAGGGAGAAUGAAGAGAAAAAAAGUAACGAAUGAAAAAGCACUUUUACGACCUCGAUUUAAGGAACUUUAUUAACAAUAAGCAACAUUUGCACCGAUUAUUUGAUUUAGGGUAGCAUUUUUGGCGGGUCAACCGCGGUGCGGGUUUCAUCUGGUCGCUCCGUUUCCUAAAACAGAUUGACACAUAGACACAAGAGUGAGUCCAAUACUCUCAUUAAUAAAACAAUCGCCGCACUGCAGUCAGCCAAUCCCGUCACUGUUCCAUAAAUCGAGAUUGUACGCGUGUCGAAAAACUUCAACUGGGAAUAUUAAUUCUUCGGUCUUGACAUUAAUAGCGAUAUGUAAAUAAAUUAAUCCAUGAAAAAUAUUGAAAGCGCAAAUAAACGAACGAGAUUUAAAAAAAAAAAAAAAA